AUCUACUUAUGAAUAUGAAGGAGCUUCAUCGAAAGUCAGGGGGAAUAGCCCAGAAAUCAGAAGGAUCACCGUAUGCUGGUGACUAAUUCCGAGUAGUACCGCCAGGGCAGUUCAAAGUCCAAAUACUUCAAAUCCACUCUCAAUCACAUAAAGCUUAUUUGUUCGUCCAUGUCGAUAUCUGGGAUCCAAGGUCACACUCUUGAGGUUACUGUUGUCGGUUGCUCUAAGUUGAGGGAUACAGAAUGGAUUUCCAGGCAAGAUCCCUAUGUCUGCGUCGAAUAUGCUAGCACCAAGUUCCGUACCAGAACUUGCACAGACGGUGGCAAAAAUCCCACAUUUCAAGAGAAGUUUGUCUUUCCGCUAAUUGAAGGGCUUAGGGAAAUUAACGUGUUGGUUUGGAAUAGCAAUACAAUUACCUUUGACGACUUUAUCGGAAGUGGAAAGAUUCAAUUGCAAAAGGUUCUUUCAGAAGGUUUUGAUGACUCUACCUGGCCUCUUCAAACAAAAACUGGCCGACAUGCAGGGGAGGUAAAAGUCAUAAUGCAUUAUGCAAACGCCAAAAAACCAACUUCAAGUUAUGCUCCAUCAGCACCACCAUACAUGAAUUCAAGCGUCCAAUAUUCCGCCCCUCCUCCUGCUUCUUAUCCACAGCCUGCAUCUGCACCUUAUGCACCGCCACCGCCACCUGCAGUUUCUUAUCCUCCACCUCCUCAUACAGCUUACCCCUCUUCAUCACACUAUCCGUCAUAUCCAUCUGGCUAUCCGCCACCACCGGGACCACCACCAUCUUAUCCUCCGCCUCCCAGCACUUAUCCUCCACCUCCGUAUCCACCACCACCCGCAGCUUAUCCCCCACAUCCAUAUCCACCGCCUCAACCAGCUUCUGCAUAUUACCCUCCUGGUCCUUAUCCUGGAACGUAUCCUCGGCCGCCGUAUUAGAGAUCUCUUUGUACUUGGUCAAGUCUGAAGCUAGGAAGCAGUAUGUAUAGACCUGUUUUGAUUUAGCAGUUAUUGAAGUAGUUUUAUUUUUAUCCAAAAAAAUUCAAAUUUUAUCAUUUCUGUAGGCGUUCCCAGAUUUUCUUUAUGUUUUGGAUUACAUUGAUUUUAGAGAUGCCUUCAGCUUUAACAGAAGUCAUCAAUUGUCUUCGUUUGCUCUGUAUUCACCGGGAAGUUUCAGAAACUGUCAAUAGAUUGGCAAAAGAUCAUGAAAUUACUCCAUCCACAUUGUAAAAUUUGGUUGUGCCUAUGUUUGAGGAUGGCGAUGGUCGUUAGAUUUUUCAUGCUGGAGAAUUUACUUUCUUUAGAAAGUUCUUUAUAUGAUUAUAAAUCAUAUAGCUUACACAAGACGUGACUGUAAUUUUAAUUAUUUUUGAACAUGUUUUUAUUUAAUU